AAUGAACCUCCUUAAUAUUGAUUGUAUACACUUGUUACAUAGGUGUGUGUAUCACAAAAUAAACCAUAGGUGUACUGUUUCAGAGACACGGACUGAUAAUAAAAGCCCAAUUCAUUAGCAUUUUAUAUAUGCAUGAACCUUGCAGAAUCACUUCGUAAAUAAUGACUGCUAAUGAUAGAACACCGUCUCGGGGUGCACAUCAUACUGAUCGCAACAAGAAUAGAGGUAGAGGGCGAGGCCGAGGAAGAGGUAGCAACAGGGGUAGGGGUACUAAACCCAGGCCAAAUAGUAGCCCUAAUGCUGAAGAUAUAAUACGUGGGCAAAGCAUACCCACUACUACGAAUAGUGCGAAACCAAUAUCGGAUACAAAUGAAGUUGUCAGUAGUAGGAACGUAUACCCGGCUACUGCCAAGCAUCGUGGUGCUGGGAGCGGUACGGCGCAUGCGAUAGGUGGUAACGGUGCGACUUGCCUCCCUGGAUAUACAUUGAAACAAAUCGACAGAUCUAUGCAAGCGUGUUCAUCUUCGCAAACAACAGCACCAAGUGGCAGAGGCUGUGGUUCCGGUUAUGGUAGGAGGAAUACGCAUGGAUGGAGUUGCAAGACAACGAUGGUGUUCGGCAGCUCCAACAUAUCAAGAACUUCAGAGCGAUCAGAUGUGUGUGUAGGUACCUCGGGUGUGAGUUCACAUGGCGCAAAUGGGGAGAUUAAACAAGCAAGAAAUCAACACAAGCGUAAAAAUAAGCAGCAGUAUGGUACAGGUAUAGGUAGGGAUGAUGGGGGCAGGGCUCAGAGAUGGCGUGCGGACGGAUCUGGUACCAAAUGGAGUAACGGAGCUGGGACCAACUCCAGUAGAGUGGCUGGUACCAACCUGAGUGAGAGCGAGGCAUCUAGUAGCGAUACUGAGGAUGAGAACGAUCUACCAGGGUUCUAUUAUGAUAGGGACACCGGUAAGCAUUUCCUUAUUACCGAUGCCAAUCGCGCCAUGUUCGCCGCCAAAAAGAAGGCCCGACGCCAG